AUGAGUUUACCUGAAUUUGUGGAUCGAUGCUUUGGAGAGUUCAACACCUCAAAAACAAACGCGAAUUGCCCUGAGCUCUUCUAUUUCUCGAUUUUCCCCUCACAAACUUCAAAAGCUGAAGAAGAAAUGGCCAGUAAAUCGAUGGAUAUUCUUGAAAAUGCACUGUUGGCUUUAUUAAGCGGCAUUGAAAUUGUCACGAAACACUUGAAAAAAGGUGUUGAACUUUUUGAGCUCCUCUACAAUUUGUUGGUUUUUACGAGCAUGAUAAUGAGUAUCGUUUCCGUUUGGUUCUCCGCUCGUUCUGGUCAUCGUUUCAAUGGUUUAAUAAUCUCGUUCUCAAUUGGAGCAUUGCUUUUUGAGGGAUCGUUUUUAAUGCAACUUCUUCUCAAGAAUGGCUACAAAUUCCCAUUUUGGAGCACAAUUCGAGUGCUACUCUUGACAAUUCUCAAUAUUUCAUUCUUUCAACAAGAUCAACACGAUGAGAACAAUAAAGCUUGUCCAAUCGACUCAGCCGGUUUCUAUUCAAUUCUUUUCAUCUCAUGGUUCACAAAACAAAUCUCCAUUGGGAAUAAAAAGUCUCUCAAAAUGGAAGAUCUCUUCAAUUUACCGAUAAACGCAAAAUCGGAAUUUUUAAGGAAACAAUGGAGAGAAGCUUGGGAAAUUGAGAAGAAAAAUAAACCAAAAAACCCGUCAAUAAUUUGGGCAAUUCAUCGAUGUCAUGGUUGGCACAUCUUCUUCAUAUCAUUGCUGCAAUUGGCGAGUGAUGUGGCAAGGAAUCUGACGAAUCCACUCUUGCUCAAGUGUGUC